AUGAGCACUUUGGCUACACGAGAAACUGAGAGUCCCAAGUUUUCUAAUAUCAAAAAUCUGUCGUCUCUUAGAUUGAAUUCCUUCAAAGCCAAAGACUUUGUCCAGAUUGAAGGAUAUCAGGAAAUAGAGAAAAAGCUGAGUGAGGUUGGUGUUAUAUCUUUGAUCGGAAGUCCAGGAUCAGGAAAAACAACUCUCGGGUGGAUUCUCAUGAAGAACAUCUGUGAAAAGGAGAAACGACAGCCGUUAAUGUUAACAAAGCCUUCAGAGAUUGACCAUAUUCCAGUUCCUGAAGAUUGGGGGAACAAAAAUAUCAAAGACACUUAUGUAGUAAUGAUUGAUGACAUGUUUGGAAAGGCAAAUCUUGAUAAGAGUGAGAAAGAAUCAUGGGAAAAACAAUUUCCAAAAAUUAGGUCACUAGUGACUUAUGGAAUAGUCAAAGUACUAAUUACACUGAGAACCCAGAUACAUUCACAAUGUGAAAAAAGCUCCACAAUGAAAGAAUAUCGGGCUUUUCUAAAUUUUAUGCAUUUGUCCUUAACUAAAUCUGACAAACUAAAUAUUCUUGAACACCAUCUUAAGACAAACAAGAAAAUAAUCAUGGAUGAAAAUGAUAAGAUUAUGGCUGUAAAACAGACAUUUGAAGAGUUGGGCUUUGCUCAGUGUUGUGUGUUUUGGGUAGCAUCUACAGAUGCUCAGAAGCGAGGAGCAGAAUUUUUCAAAAAGCCAAUUGAAUACCUGAAGGCACUGAAUAUUUUAUUAUAUCACGGGUUAGACAUCAACGCUGUCAAUUCAAACAAGCAGACUGCACUCCAUUUUGCAGCUAUAUGCGUUCAGUGUGAUAUAUUUAGAAGAUUAGUUGAUAAAGGAGCUGUAUUAGAUCUUACAGAUGACAAACUAAAUACUCCACUUCACUAUGCUACAGAAUACAAGUCAUGGGAAAUGGUAACUUACCUUGUUGACAAAGGGGCACAGGUAAAUAUACAAAAUGAAAGUGGGGACACUGCUCUUCACUAUGCUGCAGAACACCAGUCACUGGAAUUGGUAACUUACCUUGUUGAACAAGGAGCACAGGUAAAUAUACAAAAUGAAAGAGCACAGGUAAAUAUACAAAAUAAAAGUGGGGACACACCUCUUCACUAUGCUGCAAAACUCAAGUCACCGAGAAUGGUAACUUACCUCGUUGAACAAGGAGCACAGGUAAAUAUACAAAAUAAAAGUGGGGACACACCUCUUCACUAUGCUGCAAAACACGGGUCACUGGAAUUGGUAACUUACCUUGUUGAAAAAGGAGCAAAGGUAAAUAUACAAAAUAAAAGUGUGGACACUCCUCUCCAAUCUGCUGCAAAACACAACUCACUGGAAGUGGUAUCUUACCUUGUUGAGAAAGGAGCACAGGUAAAUAUAGAAAAUAAAAGUGGGGACACUCCUCUUAACUCUGCUGCAAACAAACGGUCACUGAAAGUGGUAUCUUACCUCCUUGAACAAGGAGCACAGGUAAAUAUACAAAAUAAAAGUGGGGACACUCCUCUUCACUCUGCUGCAAAACACGGGUCACUGGAAAUGGUAUCUUACCUUGUUGAAAAAGGAGAACAGGUAAAUAUACAAAAUAAAAGUGAGAACACUCCUCUUCACUAUGCUGCAAAACACAUGUCACUGGAAUUGGUAACUUACCUUGUUGAAAAAGGAGCACAGGUAAAUAUACAAAAUAAAAGUGGGGACACUCCUCUUCACUCUGCUGCAAAAUACCACUCACUGGAAGUGGUAUCUUACCUUGUUGAGAAAGGAGCUCAGGUAAAUAUACAAAAUAAAAGUGGGGACACUCCUCUUCACUCUGCUGCAGAACAACAGUCACUGGAAGUGGUAUCUUACCUUGUUGAAAAAGGAGCACAGGUAAAUAUACAAAAUAAAAGUGGGGACACUCCUCUUCACUAUGCUGCAAAAUACCAGUCACUGGAAGUGGUAACUUACCUUGUUGAAAAAGGAGCACAGGUAAAUAUACAAAAUAAAAGUGGGAACACUCCUCUUCACUGUGCUGCAAAACACUGGUCACUGAGUAUGGUAACUUACCUCGUUGAAAAAGGAGCACAGGUAAAUAUACAAAAUAAAAGUGGGGACACUCCUCUUCACUAUGCUGCAAAACUUAUAACAUUUCCUAAAAAACACUGGUCACUGGAAGUGGUAACUUACCUUGUUGAACAAGGAGCACAGGUAAAUAUACAAAAUAAAAGUGGGGACACUCCUCUUCACUAUGCUGCAAAACACCAGUCACUGGAAGUGGUAACUUACCUUGUUGAAAAAGGAGCACAGGUAAAUAUACAAAAUAAAAGUGGGGACACUCCUCUUCACUAUGCUGCAAAACACCUUGUCAACAAGGAAAUGGUAACUUACACUCCUCUUCACUUGAAAACAAGGAGCACAGGUAAAUAUAGCACAAAAUAA